UUGACUACUUGUGAAAUUUCUAGUAGCUACACAAUUGAUUUUGUAACAUUGUGUAGUUAACUUCUAUAUUUUAGAAAUAAUUUUCUAGAGCAUAUAACAAGUAGUUUAAAGCAAGAACAUAAUUUUGGUUCAACAUUAUCAUUAAUAAUAAUGAGAAAGAAGUAUAAAAAAUGUCUAAUUAGCGACUUGUCAGUCAAUCAUAUGUUUAGUAAUUAGUGAUGUCAGUGUUUGUUUACUAAUGACAGUAUUGAUAAACAUCUCAUAAUGAAUAUUUCUGAAAAUAUUGGAGAAUCUUCAUGUAAACGACAAGAAAAUGGCGACGCUUCUCAAGAACCAGACCGCCCACUAAAGAAAGCACGCUUUGCUUGGGAAGUAAAGGGGAAAUAUCAUUUGAGAAAUGAUAUAACUGAUGGAAAAUCAAACCAGAUAGGAGAAACAGAUACAGCCGGUUCCUCGAAGCAAGAAUCAAAAUUAGUUGGCAGUACAGAACAAAACCUUGAGAUAUUAGGGGACUAUUUAUUGAAACAGGAUUUCAAUUCCCUUGACUCUAUAAGUGACAAUAAUGCGUCGUUAUUACCUAGCUCAAGUUCAACACAAAAACUUUCGUACCCGCAAUAUAUAAGUACUUUUGAGAGCAGCAGGGACACAAGUGAAAGUAGUGGAAAUACCAACGGCGACAAAUCCAUACCUAAUUCUAUGGUGUACUCAAGUAAAGAAGUUGAAGACCAAUGUAUAGCUCGGUGGCAAGCAAGACAGAUGGCUAAAUGUUUUGUUGACAAUACAAUCAAUCGGGUCCUUGAUAGCUGGAUGAUUGCACCAUUGCCCGCUGAUAUGGACAAUAACAGAGUUCUAGCUUUAGAUGCAGCGGAGUUUAUAAACAACCUGCCUGGUGACAAUAGUAUUGAGAACGAGGCUAUAUUGAUGGCGAUAUCUGCUCAUGGCUUACAGAAUAACUCUGGAUCCAGUAACGACAACAGUGGUACAGAUCAGUGUGAUUCAAGCAAACAUAUAUAUAUGUCGGCAGCAAGCAGUCCAAUCCCUUCAGAUGAUGAAAGUCCAGAUAUAAACUUAGAAAAUAAACUUCAAACUGAGUGUUCCACAAACAAUCUUGAUAUGUCAUGGACAUAUGCCGACGACAUAGAACAUAACUCAAAUAGUAAUUCACCAUUAAAAUUUUACCCCGAAACUUCCAGUUCGUCAUAUCAGUUUUUUAGUGAAACUGACAAUUUAAAUAAUAGCAACAUUGAAUAUGAGGCUGAAGACAAUGAAACACAUGAUAAUAAUAUAGCCAAUAAUCAUUAUGAUUUUUUAGACGCGGCCGUUUCCUUUGCAAUACAAUACAAAGGUCUCACUUCUUAUGGGACAGACUAUGGUUAAUUUUUAAUACGCACCCAUUUCUAUGGUUCGAGUUGAUUUUGAUGAUUUAAGUGGUGCAGACAAAUGUUACAAGUAUUCAUAUAGGUUUUACUGCCAUAAUUUGUUACCAUUACUGGUCUAAUUAAUAUGAAUGUCCAAAAUAUUUACAUUUUUUUUUUACAAUUACAUAACAGUAGUGUUUCAUAAGGACAAUAAAUAAACGUAAACUAUCUAUAUUUUCGCACCUCUAUAUGACGUUUGAGUUUAUUUUGUUGCUUAUGCAUGUGAAAAAUAAUCAUUGUACUGAUUGUGGACUACGAAAUCUCUAUAAAACAAAGAAUAUCACUUUUAGGGGUGCUCCUGGUAUUAAAAUAUAUAUAUUUUUUAUUAACAAACAUACAAUAGUUUAUGAUGAACCAUUCUGCAACUUUCUUAUUUUGAUUAAAUAUAUAUAAAAAUAAAUAAUAAAAAAAUUACUCAAAAUAAGUAAAUGUGACAUCUCAAUAAUUUAAGACAAUUUUGUAUGUUUAAAUCAUGUUGUUUUUAGUAACAAAUGUAAUAUUUAAAAGAUGUUGGUGUGAUAUUAUUUUAUAUUAUUAUUGUCGGAUAAGAAGUACAAAAUGUAAUUAUAAAUCCAUAUCAUGUCCGGGGACAUACAUUUUUAUUAUUUAAUUUACAAUUUUAAUACACAAACUUAAUGCAUAUUAAAUAUAUAUUCAGUUUCUAGUUUGUACUCUUUAUAUGUUAUUAUAUAAAUAAAGUGCAAUGUAUAGUAUGAAUGUAUUAUAAAAAACUUGCUUGAUAUAGUUAUAGUUGUACACUGUAAGGACAAUUUAAAUAAAUCCUCUAUAUAUCCCUCUA